AUGUCCGCCUACUGCCUGGGCUUGGCCAGCAGCGUUUCAGCACCCGCUGAGGCGGACAGCGCCUCCUGCAUGGAGCUGCCAGGGCCCGGCGGGGACGCAGUCCGGAGCCCAGCCGCUGCCGCCGCCGCUGCCGCCGCUUUAGUGUCUUUCCCGGGUGGCCCGGGGGAACUGGAACUGGCUCUCGAGGAGGAGCUGGCGCUGCUGGCGGCUGGGGAGCGGCCGCCGGACCCGGGAGAGUUUUCCCAGGCCGAGCCAGGGCUUCUCGACGCCGCCGCCGAGGCCCCGGGCCCCGGGCAGCUGCUGCAGCCGUCUUCGCCCCCGCAGGAACCCGAGCUGCUGUCGGUGAUCCGGCAGAAGGAAAAGGACCUGGUGCUGGCUGCCCGUCUGGGUAAGGCGCUGCUGGAGAGGAACCAGGACAUGAGCCGGCAGUACGAGCAGAUGCAUAAGGAGCUGACGGACAAGCUGGAGCACCUCGAACAAGAGAAACACGAGUUAAGAAGACGAUUCGAGAACCGAGAAGGUGAGUGGGAAGGUAGAGUAUCGGAACUGGAGAGCGAUGUGAGACAGCUGCAGGUUGAGCUAGAGAAGCAACAGAUUCACCUCCGAGAAGCAGACAGAGAGAAGACCAGGGCAGUCCAGGAACUCUCUGAACAGAACCAAAGACUCUUGGAUCAGCUCAGCAGGGCAUCAGAAGUGGAGCGCCAGCUCUCCAUGCAAGUCCACGCCCUCCGAGAAGACUUCCGGGAGAAAAAUUCCUCAUCCAGUCAACACAUCAUCCGACUAGAGAGUCUCCAGGCUGAAAUUAAGAUGCUGUCAGAUCGGAAGCGAGAACUGGAACAUCGCCUCAGCGCCACCAUGGAGGAGAAUGACCUGCUCCAGGGGACGGUGGAAGAGCUUCAGGACCGGGUUCUAAUCCUGGAGAGGCAGAGCCAUGACAAGGACCUCCAGCUCCACCAGAGUCAGCUGGAGCUCCAGGACGUCCGGCUCUCCUACCGGCAGCUCCAGGUGAAGGUGGAGGAGCUCAGCGACGAGAGGAGUCUGCAGAGCUUUAAUGCCACUAGCACGUCACUCCUGUCUGAAAUCGAGCAGAGCAUGGAGGCUGAGGAGCUGGAGCAAGAGCGAGAACAGCUGAGGCUGCAGCUUUGGGAAGCUUAUUGCCAGGUCCGAUAUCUCUGCUCCCACCUCCGGGGAAAUGACAGUGCCGACUCAGCCGUCUCCACAGACUCCUCGAUGGACGAGUCGUCAGAAACCUCGUCAGCCAAGGAUGUGCCAGCCGGCAGCUUACGCACGGCUCUCAGUGAGCUCAAGAGACUUAUUCAGAGCAUAGUGGAUGGAAUGGAGCCCACGAGCUCCCGGAGAAUUGAUGACGACACCUUAGAAGAGCAAAUCAGACAAACCAAUGAGGACUCUAGAGCGCUAAGGGAACUGAUGGAAGGAGAAAGAGGGAAACUGAGGCAGAGCCUAGAAGAAUUACAACAACUUCACAGCCAGGUGACAAUGCUGAGCGUGGAGAUGACGGCCCUCAAGGAAGAGAGAGACCGCCUUCGAGUGACAUCCGAGGAGAAAGAAGCCAAGGAGCAGCUUCUCAAAGCCAUUAGGGACCGAGAUGAGGCCAUUGCAAAGAAGAACGCGGUGGAGAUGGAAUUGGCCAAGUGUAAGAUGGACAUGAUGUCCCUCAACAACCAGCUCCUGGAUGCCAUUCAGCAGAAACUGAACCUCUCCCAACAGCUUGAGGCCUGGCAGGAUGACAUGCACAGGGUCAUCGACCAGCAGCUGAUGGAUAAACACCAGAAGGAACGGAGCCGGUCUGCUUCAUCCUUCUCCAGUGGCCACGGGACAGGGCGGGGGGAUGAGCCCAGCGGGGCUGAAGGCAAAGGGCUCUUCUCAUUCUUUAGGAAAAUUUAAAUUGGGAGAAAGCAUGAGGAGGGAGCAGGGCCUGAGGGAGGGGGCAAGCAGCUAGCCAUGGCCACACAACACUACUACUCGGCCCAGCAACCUGGCUUGGCCAGCCCUGGGCGGGGUGGGGGUCCCACUGUCUGCCAACUUGCCCAUCCCACAGAGAGCCAGACUCGUUUUCCCCUCUGUGGGGAAGUGAGCAGCCGGCUGAGCCAGGCAUGCUCUGUACCACCCCCCCACACACACACACACACACUAGUGCUGCUGAACCCCCGGGGAGAAAAAGCAGCAGCCGUCUGGAGGCCCUGUCUGCAAGAGCCAGGUCCAAGUGGUAGGCAGGGCCUUAGUCUUCCUUGCACCUCAGCUUACCCCAAGUUCAGGAAGCCUUUUUGCUUCUGCCGAGGCCCACGGGAAUCUCUAAGCCUAGGGUGGCUUAGAAGGGCAGAGGGCCUCUGUAAUCCUCCUCAGGCAGGGAGUGAGCCAUCAGAUACAGAGCUUGGGCUGCUCCCCAGGAGUUGGGAAAGGUUGGUUACCCGGCCAUCCCCUACCUGCCUGAAGCUCCCCUCCUAACCCACCCACUAUGGGAACCUUGGCAGGGAGGAGGGGAGGACCUCUCUGUAUGCCGCAGGACCACAUUCAGAAGCCCUGUCCUGGCUUUGCAUCUCACCCAGGAUCAGGGCUUGAGGCCUGACCCCCUAAACUGCCUCCUCAGGGCUUAGUCCCAAUGGCAGAGGCUUCAAGGUUGCAGUAAGAAAAGGAACCCUGCUGGCCCGCUGCUGUUGAGUCUGAAUCAGCUGGGCCCAAGGGACAGAGAUUGAGACGUACUGAGCAUCUCUCUCUGGCUGGAACCAGUUCAUCCUGCACCCCAGCAGCCAGGGCUGGGACCCUAAGCCUAAACCCCUGGUCCUCCAAGAGAAAGGCAGGCAGGCAGGCUUCAGAUCAGCACUCCCUAUUCUAUCACCCUGGGCAGGGAGGGGGCAGUUUUCUUCCUUCAUCGGUCAAUGCACACACCUGCACACACAUGCACUCAUUUUGUUUCAAAGCCCUAUCUAGUUCUGUCUCAGACUCACUGUGUUUGUGGCUCCAGGCCCUGGGGGACCACGCUGCUCCUCCUUGUCAGCCGAUCCAUCCCUCUCCCCAUAACCUCAGCAAUUGAAGAGCACUCACCCCCAAGAAGAGAGGGGUCAGGUUUAGGGCCAGAAAGCAACCCAGUGCUUUCUUGUUCCUAUUUCCUGGGGGAAGCUGGGCCUCCCCUGGCCAUGGGUGCAUCUAGCCCUUUCCUCCACACAAGCUAGGCCCCAAGGCCAGGGCCAGCUGAGUCCUUCCCCAACCACCAAGCAAGCUUCCCUGGGCAGGAACACUCCAGGGUGAGGCCUUCAGCUAGACCCCAACCACCGUGCCCAGGAGCCUGCUGGGGUGGAUGGGGAGGCGGCCAUUGGCCCCCCCCAAACCUCAAGGGAGUUUGAGGAUAAAAGGGAUGGUUCUUAGCAACUCUCCCUUCAUCCUCUACCCCAUCUGACCUGCUGCUUCUGCUCCCUUUGCAGCAGCAACAGAGCCCUCUCUGCUGCGCAGACCCAAGCCUGCAUUCAGAGAGGUUUAGGCCAAAGGUCUGCAAGCUGCUAUAGGAUUUGGUCUCCCCAGAGCUUCUAUUGGGGGUGGAAAGCACAGCAGGGACUAGUAGAAAGAACGUAUCUAUAGAUGUGUACAUACCACAGGGCUGGAAUUUUUGUAUGUAGCAAUCAUGUAAAUACAUGUAUGGAUUUUAUAAUAUACAUAUUAUAUAUAUAUAUAUACAUAAAUCUAUAAAGGCAUAUUUUUAGAAGGAAAAAAGAAGAUCCACAGCUUUUGUAAAUAGUCCAAAUCAGAAUAAAAUCAAUUUCUAUAGAA